CUUUCACUCGACGUCCAUCAGGUUUCGAGUUGGCCAUCGGAGCGGAGCUUCUCUCCAUUGCAUUUUACACCGUCUCCAGUCAGUGCUGUGGUUUUUCAGUAAGGUCCAUUUUUUAACCAUCAUCUCGUGUCGUGCAAAUGCUGCAAUCCUCAGUGUGGUGAGAAGUGAUUGGGUAUAAUUUUUACUGCGUGUCUUCGCUGCGUUUCCCCUGUCGGAUCCGCAUAAAAUUGUGUACUUGUUGAAGGGUAACAGGAAAUCCGUUACCGAAGAGCAGAGGGCGGCCACUAUAUCGUGUGCAAGAAAAUCAAAACUAUCCCGUGUGGAAUACGUGAAUAAGUUUUCCUUUGUUGAGUGCGUGUGUGCAUUUUGACCCUCAGGCCGCUGCCAGAAGAAAACUAUCAAUAUGAGUGCUACGCAAGCUGCAGCCGCCACCGCCCCGGCGCCGGUUCUGAAGAAAGGAAUCGUUAAACAGGUUUUAUCCGGUGACUCGGUUAUAAUUCGUGGCCAACCUAAAGGAGGACCUCCACCGGAGAAGCAGAUCAAUUUCGCUGGCGUAAUUGCACCGAAACUUGCCCGUCGACCGACCAGCUCCUCCACGGAAGUUACGAAAGAUGAACCGUACGCCUGGGAAGCUCGCGAAUACCUGCGUCAACGACUGAUCGGACAGGAAGUGUACUUCCAUGCCGAAAAACCUGCGAACGCAACCCGCGACUAUGGCUUUAUCUGCCUCGGAAAGGACCCGACUACUUCGGAGAAUAUUGUUGAAUCGAUAGUGUCCGAAGGUCUCGUGAGUGUCCGUCGAGAAGGUGUCCGGCAAACUCCCGAGCUGUCCCGCCUGAUCGAGCUGGAAGAUGCGGCCAAGGCAGCCCGUAAAGGAAAAUGGAGUGACUCGUCUGCAUCGGAGCACGUGCGUAACAUCGUCUGGACUAUUGAGAACCCGAAAUCUUUCUUCGAUCAGCACGACGGCAAACCGAUCAAGGCCAUCAUUGAGCAUGUGCGCGACGGUUCGACGGUGCGUGCUUUCCUGCUGCCUGGUUUUCAGCAUAUUACGCUGAUGAUGUCCGGAAUUCGAUGCCCUGGUUUUAAGAUUGACGCUGUCGGAAAACCCGAUCCAACGACGGAAAUUCCGUAUGUCGAAGAAGCCCGCUACUUUGUCGAAUCCCGUCUGCUGCAACGUGAUGUCGAAAUUCGGCUCGAAUCAGUUAACAACUCUAACUUUGUCGGUACGAUCAUUUUCCCGAAAGGCAACAUCGCGGAAGCGCUGCUACGCGAAGGUUUCGCUAAGUGUGUUGAAUGGAGUAUGCCCUACGUGAAAGAAGGCGUCGACCGACUCCGGGCUGCCGAGAAACAUGCGAAAACAAACCGUCUACGACUCUGGAAAGACUAUCAGGCCCCAACCGCUGCCUACAACUCGAAGGACAAGGACUUCACCGGAACGGUAACGGAAGUGUUCAACGGCGAUGCCAUUAACGUCAAAAUUAGUGCCACCGUCACGAAAAAGGUGUUCUUCUCCAGCAUCAAACCGCCACGUGAAGCAUCGCGCAACCCGGACGAGGAAGGUAACAUUCCUCCGCGUGCCAAGGGAUCCCGCCCGUUGUACGACGUUCCGUGGAUGUUCGAGGCCCGUGAAUUUCUGCGCAAGAAGCUGAUCGGCAAGAAGGUGCACUGUUCGCUUGACUACGUUACUCCGGCACGGGACAAUUUCCCCGAGAAAUGCUGCUACACCAUAACGCUGGCCGGAUCAAACGUGGCGGAAGCUUUGGUAGCAAAGGGCUUUGCUACCGUAAUUAAGCAUCGCCAGGAAGAGGAUCAACGUUCGGCGCACUACGACGAGCUGCGAGCGGCAGAAGCGCAGGCCAUGAAGGGACUAAAAGGCGUUCAUGCCAAGGACGACAUUCCGGCGCAUCGCAUUAACGAUUUAACUUUGGAUCACUCCCGCAUCAAACACCAAUAUCUACCUUCGUGGCAACGUGCCCUGCGCACGGAAGCUGUGGUUGAGUUUGUAGCCAGCGGUUCGCGCUUCCGGAUCUACUGUCCAAAGGAUAGCUGUCUCGUAACAUUCCUGCUGGCGGGUAUUUCGUGUCCUCGUUCUUCGCGUCCCGCGAUUAACGGUGUUCCUGCUCAGGAGGGCGAACCCUACGGUGACGAGGCGCUGCAGUUCAGCCGCGAACGAAUUCUGCAGCGGGAUGUAAGCGUGAAAAUCGAAACAACUGACAAGGCUGCAACCAGCGUCAUCGGAUGGCUGUGGACUGAAGGCAACGUGAACCUCUCGGUGGCUCUCGUCGAGGAAGGUCUCGCUUCGGUUCAUUUCACCGCUGAGAAAACGGAACACUACCGUGCGCUAGCCGACGCCGAAGCUAGGGCUAAAUCCAAGCGGAAGAACAUCUGGAAGGACUACGUUGAGAAAACCGAAGAUGAAAACAAGGAGAAUGAAGAUGAAAAGGAAGAUCCGACCGCACCUGCCGACCGGAAGGUCAAAUACGAGAACGUUGUUGUUACCGAGGUUACCGCCGACAUGCGUUUCUACGCGCAACAUGCAGACCAAGGCGCCAAGCUGGAAGAACUGAUGAGCAAACUACGCCAGGAGUUCCGCGCAAUGCCACCGGUAACCGGAGCGUACAACCCGCGCCGAGGCGACCUUUGUGCGGCGAAAUUUACGGAAGACAACGAAUGGUAUCGUGCAAAGGUUGAAAAACUGGAGAAAGGCGGCAAUGCGUCCAUACUAUACAUCGACUACGGUAAUCGUGAGACCGUACCGACGACCCGUUUAGCAAUGCUUCCCCCUGCAUUCCUGUCGGAUAAACCAUAUGCGCACGAGUACUCACUAGCACUGGUUGUCCUGCCAACUGACGAGGAUGACCGUAACGAUGCUCUCAAGGCCUUCGCGCAGGACGCACUCAACAAAAACCUGCAGCUUAACGUCGAGUAUCGCGUUAGCGGUGCCGAACAUGUUACCCUUGUUGACCCUGCCAAUAAGUCGGACAUCGGCAAAGAUUUGAUCGCUGACGGUUACCUCAUUGCCGAGAAAAGCAAGAAAGAUCGUAGACUGCAAAAGUUGAUAUCCGACUACAAGGAAGCUGAGCAGUCUGCCCGCAAGAACCGCAACGGCAUCUGGCAGUACGGUGAUAGCACCGAGGAUCAGGCCGGCGAGUUCGGUCUCGGCCGCUAGGCUCCGAUCAUAAAACAUGCGUGACUAUAUCCCCUGCCCAUCAACAACAACAACAACAACAACAAAAACAACACACGUACACACAUAUAAUUACAUAAUUAUGACAUUAUUUUCAAGUAAACACACCCGUGUUGUAGUAGAGAGUGGUAACAAAUUCAACUAUACAAGAUAUUAUUCCAGUUUAUUAUUUUUUAAAGAAAACAUUAAAAUCAAUACUUCCAAACAUCCACUAGCUAGAGCAGAGAAAAAAACAAGCAAAUGAUAUGGAGCCAAAUCACGAUUACUCUCAUUCUACCGGAGAAUGACGGAUGGUCGAUGUAACGUGACAACAAUCAGAAAGAACCCCGCAAAGUGAUCACCAAUUUUCCCCUACACCGGAAAUAGCUGAGACAACAAAUGAAACUCGCUGCGUACUAAAUUACUUAGUACACAAAUGAGGAAAGUGAGUUAGUUCAUCACAAAAAUAAAAAAAAACAUUAAUCAACCACACAAAACCACAACACAGUCUGAUUAAUAUAAAUAGCUACACGUUAGAGACAUCCGGCUUUGUUUUCUGAAAAAUCAGCAUUACAGCGCGAAAGGGUCGGUUUUUGUACUUGCAUUAUAUUUUUGUAUCCUUUUUUUUUGCUUAUCGACGUUAUAAAUUGAAUGUACGAAACGAAAAAAAAACCAACUACAGACAAAUUUGUUUUUCUUCUCUUAAUUGUUUUAAUUGUUUGCCGGCUUCAAAAUAUCUUAACUCUUAACCUCCCGGGACGACAAAAGGCAUAUUGACAUAGAACAAGGGUAAUACAUAUUGGUAAAAAAUGAAAACAGAAAAAAUAUAUAUUUAUGAAAUGUCUGAACGCAAGAUCAAAAUAAGGAUUAUUAAUAAAGCUGAAUCGUCAAGUUACUAUACAUGCUCUAUC